UAGUCCUCCUUUCUCUUUAGUCCACCACAGUACUGAAUGAUUAGUUUUUCUUGAGUACAGGACUUCAGUAGACUACUGCUAGUGAUGUCAGAAAGUGGCUGGGUCAUAUGAAGGUCAGCAGCGGAGGAGGUUCACGGAGAGUUCACCCGCAUACAUUAGGUAACACCAUCGGUCGCUGUGACAUAACUAGUUUGAAGCAGGUUGAGUCGAGACAUUCGUCAAUAAAGAAGCGAUAAGAAGAAGAAGAAGAAGAAAUAGAAGAAGAAGUCAUGGGACAAACUUUGUUAUGCAAAACAGCAGCCACCAGAUCUGGAUGUGAUUAACCCAAACGGUUGUCUCUUUGCUGGAGCACUAACAGUCCGCUGGCAACAUGCAAACAAUUUCUGACUGGGAAAUACAGCUCUGUUUGUAAACGCACUUGCUGCUACAGACACGUUUUAAAACACCGUUUGCGUCAAGUAGCCAUAAACACCGGUGCAAACUGAGAGAAAGAAUUGCCUAUGCGGGCAACAUGUUUGACUAUCUGGAAUUUCAAGCUUUCGGUCCCGGAGAAAUCACGGACUUCUACACCACCUCCAGCCCUGCCUGCAUGCUGCAGGACCAGGAGCAGGAUUUGGCAGCCUUCUUCCCCGAGCUGAUCGAGACGGACUGGCAGCAGCACCGGUGCUCGCAAUCAGUUGGAAGCCAGAGUUCCAGCUCCAGCUCCAGCUCAGACGACCUGUUCGCCAGCCCCCCUUCCCCACUGCCCCCUCCUCGCACUUACAAGCCCUGUUUUGUGUGUCAAGACAAGUCUUCAGGCUACCACUAUGGAGUCAGUGCCUGCGAGGGCUGCAAGGGCUUCUUCCGCCGCAGUGUGCAGAAAAACAUGGUGUACACCUGCCACCGGGACAGAAACUGCAUCAUCAACAAGAUCACCAGAAACCGCUGUCAGUACUGUCGGCUCCAGAGGUGCUUUGCUGUGGGAAUGUCCAAGGAGUUGAGAAACGACAGAAACAGAAGGAAGGGGAAGAAGGAAGAGGUGAAGAUGACCAUCAUGGAGACGUACGAGCUAACUGCAGAGCUCGGCUUGAUAGUGGAGAAGAUCUGCAGGGCUCACAGAGAGACCUUCCCCUCUCUUUGCCAGCUGGGAAAAUACACUACAAACUCCAGCUCAGACCACAGGAUCCAGUUGGACCUCGGGCUGUGGGACAAGUUCAGCGAGCUUGCCACCAAGUGCAUCAUCAAGGUGGUGGAGUUCGCCAAGCGAGUGCCUGGUUUCACCGGCCUGACCAUCGCAGACCAGAUCACUCUGCUCAAAACUGCCUGCCUGGACAUCCUGAUCCUAAGGAUUUGCACUCGCUACACUCCAGACCAGGACACCAUGACCUUCUCCGACGGAUUGACCCUGACCCGUACUCAGAUCCACAACGCUGGAUUCGGACCACUGACAGAUCAGGUUUUCACUUUUGCCGGCCAGCUGCUGCCACUGCAGAUGGACGACACAGAGAGCGGCCUCCUCAGCGCCAUCUGUCUCGUCUCUGGAGACCGGCAGGACCUGGAAGAGCCGUCUAAGGUGGAGGUGCUUCAGGAGCCGCUGCUGGAGGCGCUGAAGAUUUACUCCCGCAAACGGAGGCCAAGCAUGCCCCUCAUGUUCCCCAAGGCUCUCAUGAAGAUCACUGACCUGCGCAGCAUCAGCGCCAAAGGAGCUGAGAGAGUGGUGACUCUUAAGAUGGAGAUCCCGGGCUCCAUGCCCCCUCUGAUCGAGGAGAUGCUGGAGGAUCUGCAAAACCUGGAGAAACACCAGAAGAAAGACUCGGAGGAGAGCAAAGAGGAACAAAACACCAGCCAACACACACACAAACCUUCUCAUCACAGCACAUGAACUCCUCUGACUUCGAACGCUGAAGCUGCUCAAAGGACAUUGGCUCCUGCCCUCCCAUCCAGAGAAAACUCUAAAGCUAAUGAUACACGGAGCAACUUUUAGAGCAAUGUUGCUAGGCAAUGUUGCCGUCAGUGGGCAACCGGGAGGGGGGGCAACAACCAAUCAGAGGCGCAAAUCUAUUGCCAGGGACACAGACACUGCAGAGAUGGACACUGAAACUUGUGCAGCUGUUAUCUUGGCAUCAACAGUUAUUUUUCUUAUGUAAGUAAAGUGAAAAACUGAGUAGAUAAUGUGGUUAAUUUGCCAUAAUUAUUACAUACAUUAAUUCAAUUACAUACAUACAUUUCAUCUUUCUUUCUCAGCGUUUUCAAACACACACACACACACACACACACAACAACUUACCGGUGUAAAAAGACGGCUCCACUGCCAUGCCUGAGAGAUAUUGCUCAGCAAAAUUGCUCAAAAAGUUGCCCCGUGUUAUCAUCAGUUUAACAGUAUAAAGUACAGAUGCAGUCUAGAGGGUUACUAAUGUCUUACCUCAGUUUUUGGUUGGAGAGCUGUUGAUGAAUAUUCACAGGCUAGUUGGCAAAACAUCAUGUGCUUAAAGAAGAGAUUCAGUUGUUAAACGACUACACUGAUGACAGAAGAGCUAAUUCCUUAAUUCAAACUCAGUUUCGGGGCAGGGGGUGCAGUAAAGUUUACUAUAUCACAAUUAAAUUUUUUAAAAACCUCCUGACAGGCACCUCAUAACACCUGAGCGUCCAACUUUUCUGUGUCAGGUUCCUACUGUAUUUAUAUUUGCAUGAGAUAUCACAUGAAUUUUUACCUCAUUAAACAACAAUGCCUUUAGCAUUAGUGUAGCAAAGAUCAUAAACAUAUGGACUAUUAUAUGGCAAUUUCUUUGAGCUUUUUUCAUAUUAUGUGAUUUUUUUCACAUCUCUCACCGUCUUCUCGUUUGUACACACAAUUUAUAGACUUCCGUACGUAAACAGAAAGCUUACUGCACAAAAGGGAAACAUAAACUUGACUUAACUCAUGAAGGUGAAUGUUAUAACUGGCAUUAACAAAUAUCUCAAGUGUAUAUAGCUGAAAUAAUAAAGGAAAAUGAGAAAGAACGUACAGAUACAGCAAAUACAUCCAUAAAACACCAUGAUGCAGUUUAAAGGAAUAGUUUGACAUUUUUGGGAAAAAUGCAUAUUCUCUAUUUUGCCAAGAGUUAGAUAAGAAGAUAGUUAAUACUUUCGUGUCUGUUUAAUAUGAAGCUGGAACCAGCAGCCAAUUAGCUUAGCAGAAAGACUGGAGCUGCUGUGAUACAUUUUGCUGGAAAUCUGUCGAUUGUUUUGCCAUAACAAAUAUAAAGAGUCUGUACACUGUAAGUAAGCUAAUACACUGUAUUCACUAUAUUCUAUGACACAUAUUAUAAAAUGUGCCAGAUGGCAUAUUUGCAGUUAUUGGUGGGCCUGGAUAUUGUUCGAAAUGUUCAACUUUCUGUAUUGAUACUCAAAAGAUGUUUUUUUUUAUAUAUAUACUUUACUUGAUAAGUUCUAUAUAAACAUGUUUUUUACAAAAAAAAAUUUCAUUUAACAAAAUAUCACCUCAUCACAGAUAGCUGUACAUGAAUUUUGCCUAAAUAAAAUGCUGUGUACUCUAGAAAUAAUACUAAUAAUUUGAAAAAACAUGAAAUGUAAACCAGACAGUUUGAUUAGAAAUGUAUCUUUACUUGGAGGUAAAGAGAUUAUGGGUCUAUUAAAUAAGUGGUCUAAUGUUGAACCAUCAUUGUCUUAAAUAGGAAUAAAUAUACAAAAUCAGAAACUUAAUGAUAUUUGUGCUUAAAUAAAUGUACAUUCCAUGAAACAGGAUGUUGUUCAAUGUAUGAAAUAUCUCCUGUUAGCGGCUGAGCAAGCAGACUUUGUACUGUACUGUAACUUGUGCCUACUCUAAAUGUGCCAACAUCUUCCAUAUCUGGGAAUUUAAUUGCCAAUGCACCAACCAGAAACAAAUUUCAUAAGAUUUUUGUUGGUCUAUUAAAGUCUUGUGUACUGGA